AUGAGAGGCACUAAGGCGAAGCAGGCAGAGGAGGCGGCGGCCCGCAUCGUGUGGGCAAGCCACGCUCUCGCCUUCCUGACCGAGAAGCAAGACGCGGGCUUUGACCGCGCGGAGGACUCCGGCUCUAAUCCAACCCGCGAAGACGAGGGCGAAGAGCGGAGCACGUUUGAGGACGCGGGCCACGGCGGCGUGGUGGCCGAGCUCGACGGGUCAAACCCCAACUCGGCCCGACCCUACCGGGAGCGCUUCCUCGACAGCGCCGCGCAGCUCCUCUCGCCGAGCGAUGCCUGGGGACACGUGGUCGCGACGGCGAUGCGCGAGUUUGCCGACCGCGUCGAGGUCGACGUGGCGCGCAACGACGGCUUCACAUCGCUCCCCAAGCGCCCCGGCGAGAUCCACGCCGUCCAGGCCCUCUGCCACAGACUCGGCGGCUUCCUGGCCGGUUCUGUGCUCCGAGGAGAAUUCGAAAACGACGUCAUCGCCUUCAACAGCCAGCGCGUCGACGCUUGGGCGCGCAACCUGGAGCACGCGCUGCGCGAGACGGCGCCAGCGCCGGCGCGAGGCAACAGCAGCCGGCGGGGCAGCGGUAUGUCAAGCCUGACGCCCGCGCACAGGACAUGGAUCGAGAUGCGCCGGCUGCUGUGGUUCCCGCGUACUGCCACCUUCACCACGACGGGCUUGGGUUCGCACCGGCAGCAGCUCGUGCGGCGGGCGUACGCGUGCGUCAGCUCGCCGGCCGUGCACGCGCUGAUCCACACGACACACCCAGAGAGCGCGGAGGCGGCCUGGCGGCAGCUGUGCACGCUUGCGCGGCCCGUCUACGACUGCGGCGUGCUGCAGCAGGUCGCCGCGCAGCGGCCGCGGUUCCGGCGCGUGCGGUUUCAGCUGGUGGUGCAGACGCAACAGCAGCAGCGGUUGCGCCGGCGCUACCGCCUGGCCGCCGACGCCGCGUGCCACCGCCUCGGCCUCGCGCCCAUGCCGGCUGGCUGGCGCCCGCGCCCCGACUUCGUCGCCGCAUGCCGCCGCCCCCGCGCCCUGCACGCCGAGAUGCAGCUCGUGGCGCGCUACUACGGCCCGCCACUGCCGUACCUGAUUGCCGAUCCCCAGCAACGCAGCCGCGGCCGACAGCACCACCCGACGCUGCUGUACUUCGGGACGAGCCGCCAGCCGUGCCUGCUGUGCGCGGGCCUGCUGUGCUCGCUGCCGCACGGCGAAGGCGGGCGCGGCCCCAUCGCCACCCGCCCCAGCCACGGCGAGUGCCAUCCCGUGUGGGGCGUGCCGGCGCCCGCGGCCAAGGACGUCGCUGUCGCGCUGCGCAGCCUCGAGAUGGUCCUCGUCGGCAAGAUCCUGGCGUGUUUGCGCGAGAAUCUGGGGGACGCCGUCCGCCGACUGUUUGUCCAGCCCCGCGAUGGGCAUAGGCUGACGUGGCGCAAGGUUAGGAUGAGAGGCGGAGCUUCGUCUACGGGGAACGGCACCUGGCAAAUCAGCCAACACCGUGAGAUCGAUCUCAAAAGCAAGCCUCCGAACCCUAGCAAAAGUGGGCCGUGGUGCAUCUAG